UCGAAACCAACCACGUUCCAGAACUACUUUCUGGCGGAUCGGUACGAUUUCUGCGAUCCCUUUGGCGCCCGAGAGAACUUCAUUAGACCGUUACAGAAACGAAUUCCUACGCCAAUCCACUCGACAAAUGGCGCCACACCUUAAUGAUUCCUUUUGAAUUGGAAUGUACUUGACAUCACCUGAUUUGGUGUUUGGAAGCUCUAUUCAACUCAACGAAUGGACGAAUGUGCCAUCAUUUCAAUAUGAACUUACUUUGUCAUGCAUGAGAUUCUUUGACAAGCGAGAUCUACUUUCUCACUUGGAAUUUGGGAAGGAACAAUUUUCUUCGAAGUUAAGGUAUGGAUGAUUCAGAAGUUCGUACCGAUGAGACAUGAAGCAUGAAUUUUUCUGGCUUUUGCUUAAAAUUUGACGAAAUGAAUCACAGAUGCAGGAUCGCUAAAACCACGGAACUCGAUUUCGGACUCUCACAACCUAAUUGACAGCAGCUGAUGUUUACAUUUUUUCUGGGACCCAACAUACUUACCUGAGGGACCCAGGAUUGACAAUUAGGUCCUAUUUCUCCUAAUAAUAAUGUCCAAGCAAUUCGGCUUGAUCAAGCCCAAGGCCAAAGGUGGCAAUUUCUUCCAGAAGAAGAAUAUAUUCGAUGACGAUUCCGACGAGGAGAAGCCUGGCGAAGCUCCGUCCAAAUCAGGAGCGACGAGUGGGUCAAAAUCUAAGGAUUGGUUCAAGGCUUCCAUCGAAGCCAAGCUGAAGAAACAAACCAAGAUCGAAAUUGAAAAAGCACUGGAACAAGACGAGACGGUCUACCAAUACGACGAGGUCUACGAUGACAUGAAGGAGAAGAAAAAGGCCGAAGUUGUGAGCCAAAAAGAUGUGGACAAGAAACCCAAAUACAUUGGCAAUCUACUCAAACAAGCAGAGGUCCGAAACCGUGAAAAUGAAAGGCGAAUCGAGCGAAAAGUCCAGAAAGAGCGGGAAGCAGAGGGUGACCAAUUUGCGGAGAAAGAGGUUUUCGUCACGGCCGCUUAUCGGAAGAAAAUGGAGGAAAUGCAAAAACUAGAAGAAGAGGAACAGAGGAAGGAACAAAUAGAAAACCUCUUGGAUGUGAGGAGGCAAAAAGAUAUGAGUGGAUUCUACCGGCAUCUCUAUCGACAGACCAUGGGAGAAGAGAAGGGGCAACACGAGGAAAAAACGAAGAAAGAGAAUAAGGAAAAGGAGCCAAGCACAGAAGAAGCCCAGGAAAAGAUGGAACGGAAAGAAAGAAGCUACAGGAAAAGGAAUAAGGAAAAAGUAGAAUCUAGUGAGGAUGAGGGAUCUGAAGAAUCCUCGUCCUCCUCGGAGAAUGAAGAAAAAGAAAAACGGCCAAAGGAUGAGGAUAAAAACCAAGAAGAGAAGGAGGAAGACAGGAAAAAGAGGAUGAAGGAAGACAGAGAAAAGCGGGAAAAACGAAAACGGAAGAUUGAACGGGGCGAAAGUUCUAGCGAAGAAGAAGACGACGAUAAAGAUGACUCAAAAGAUAAAAGUGGAGAUUCCCCCAAGGGAAAAGUUCAGAAAGGAAAGGAGAAUAAAGAAAAUAAAGCACAGAAGAAAGACAAAAAGAAGUCCAAGCUCGACAUUUGGAAGAAAAUAACAGUAGGUCCUGUUUUCGAUGCGGCCGUAGAACGGUAUUACGAGCGAAAAGCCAACAGAUCCGGGUUUCCGUGGAAGUUGUCCUGAUUAGUUCAUCAAUUUAUUUUUGUUACAAUGCACCAUAGUGAUUCCUUCUGAUUAAAUAUCUUCGAAGCCGUUCAA